AUGGCGGUCAAUCGCAUAAGAGGCGCCUUCCAGGUACCUCGGAAGGGAGAGACGUUUGAGCUCCGGGCAGGCCUGGUUUCUCAAUAUGCCUAUGAGCGAAAGGAGUCUAUUCAGAAAACCAUCAUGGCCAUGACUCUGGGCAAAGAUGUCUCAGCUUUGUUUCCGGAUGUACUGAAGAACAUCGCAACAGGCGAUCUGGAUCAGAAGAAGCUCGUUUAUCUUUAUCUCAUGAAUUAUGCCAAGUCACACCCUGACCUAUGUAUUCUGGCUGUGAAUACCUUUGUACAAGACUCCGAAGAUCCGAACCCCUUGAUUCGAGCACUUGCAAUCAGGACGAUGGGCUGCAUUCGGGUAGACAAGAUGGUGGAUUACAUGGAAGAACCUUUGAGAAAGACAUUACGAGACGAAUCGCCAUACGUACGAAAAACGGCGGCUAUUUGCGUUGCGAAGCUCUUCGACCUGAACCCUUCGAUGUGCAUCGAGAACGGAUUCCUCGAGACUCUGCAAGAAAUGAUUGGUGACCCGAACCCUAUGGUGGUGGCCAACUCUGUUCAGGCCCUGUCGGAAAUCCAUGAAACUGCCCCCGAGACAAGGGCAUUAAUUAUCACAUCAGCAACACUCAAGAAACUUCUCAUGGCACUCAACGAAUGUACCGAAUGGGGCCGAGUAACAAUUCUCACCACGUUGGCCGACUAUAGCUCAACCGACAUCAAGGAGUCUGAGCACAUUUGCGAGCGAGUUGCCCCUCAGUUCCAACAUGUCAAUCCCAGCGUUGUCUUGGCCGCCGUCAAGGUGGUUUUCAUUCACAUGAAGUCCAUUGGCCCAGAACUUGUUAAAUCAUACCUCAAGAAGAUGGCUCCCCCUCUGGUUACCUUGGUUGCAUCAGCGCCUGAGGUGCAGUACGUCGCUCUCCGAAACAUCGAUCUCCUUCUCCAAGCCAAACCAGACAUUCUUAGCAAGGAGCUUAGGGUUUUCUUCUGCAAGUACAACGACCCACCGUACGUAAAGCUGCAAAAACUCGAGAUUAUGGUACGGAUAGCAAACGAGAAGAACUACGAACAGCUUCUUGCAGAAUUGACCGAGUAUGCUCUGGAGGUGGAUAUGGAUUUUGUGCGACGAGCAGUCAAAGCUAUCGGGCAAGUUGCUAUCAAGAUUGAAAGUGCCAGCGCGAAAUGCGUCCAGGCUUUGGAGGAACUACUAGCAACCAAGGUCAACUACGUUGUCCAAGAAGUGGUUGUGGUCGUCAAAGAUAUUCUCCGCAAAUAUCCCGGCUAUGAGGGUGUCAUUCCUAAUCUUUGCAAACAUAUCGAUGAAUUGGACGAGCCAAAUGCUCGAGCUGCUCUCAUCUGGAUUGUGGGAGAAUAUGCCGAGAAGAUCAAUAAUGCUGACGAUAUUCUGGAGAGCUUCGUUGACGUAUUUAACGAAGAGUUUGCCCAAACACAACUACAAAUUCUUACAGCGGUUGUCAAACUAUUCUUAAAAAAGCCAAGCAACACACAAGGGCUCGUACAAAAGGUCUUGCAGUCUGCCACAAAUGAAAACGAUAAUCCGGAUAUUCGAGACAGAGCAUAUGUCUACUGGCGUCUCUUGUCAGGCGAUCUUGAUGUUGCUAAGAACAUUAUCCUCUCACAGAAGCCCACUAUUUCGACGACCAUGACCAGUCUUCCGGCCACCUUACUAGAACAGCUUCUUACAGAGCUAUCGACGCUGGCCUCGGUGUAUCACAAGCCCCCUGAGUCGUUCGUUGGCAAAGGACGUUUCGGUGCCGAUGAAAUCCAACGCGCAGCUAUCCAGGAACAGCGCCAGAAUGCCGCAGAGAACCCCAUUGCGGCUUCAGUUGCUGCUGCAAAUGGAACAAGCAGCGCACAGUCUCAAAACAAUAUCGAGAACCUUCUCGACAUUGACUUUGAUGGAGCUGCGCCAGCAUCUCAGGAACAAAAUAACAGCGGUACACCUAGUAGGACGGCAAGUCCUGCCGUGGGCGCAAUGCAACUACAGAACGCUCAGGGUGGCCAGGCUGGAGAACAAGCUCCCAAGAAGGAUAGCGAUGAUCUCCUUGGCUUGUUCUAA